GAUGGGGAGAGAAGGUCACAGGAAGAAGAGGAGGAAGGCAGGGAAGCAGUGCGGAUCACAAUAUACCGAAUACCACUCCUUUACUUCCAACCUAGACUUGCACGUGAUCUGUUAGCCACCACCACAGCGGCAGGAGGGCGGCACGGAGUCAGAGCAGGUCAGCAGUGACUGAGUGCAUCUUGAGAGGAUGCCGGGAUACCACACGGACGGCGAUAGGAAUCGCUACAGAGGACAUGGGCAGGGUGGCAUGGGAGGGUGGGGUGGACGAGAUGGAGGAGGCAACAGGGGCUACAAUCAUGGAGGAGGGAGAGGGGGAAAGUAUGACAGGUACAGAUGGAAUGAUGAGGGUGAAGGAGGAAGCAGGCAGGGACCCUCCAGAGGCUACAAAGACAACUACAGCCACCACAGGUACCGUGAUGGCUACUCCUCUGGCAGCAGCAGCUCACACCAAUACCAGCACCACCACCAUCAACAACACCACCAACACCAUCAACACCACCAUCACCACCACCAGUCUUGGCAGGAGGGGGGCCGGGGCAGUGAGGAGUACAACAGGAGGGGAGGGAGGGAGGGACGCAUUGGGCCAGACUUCAUCAGGUCCCUGACAGAGCUUGGUCACAUCAGCGGGAAGGAGUCACGGAUUGCCCUGGACAUUCUCAAGUCAGUCCUGAGCUCAGAUGCUCCGGAGCGUGACCACUGGGACCACGGGCCGCCCGCCAGGAAGAUGAGGCGCCUGGACUGGGAUGGGGCGCGCUCUCCACACAUGCACAAGUAUCCCUACCGUGAGAGACCCUACCCAGGCCACCACCAGUACCGGGGUUGGGAUCAGGGCAGGGCUGGGAUGGUUCCUCGCAGCCACCACUGCUACCGCAAGAUGUCAAACUCACAGUUGAGGGAGAUGGAAAUGGCCCGAUCAGAGAUGCCUCACCCUGAUAAAAAGGAGAAAAAGGACUUGGAGAAAAAGACUUCAGGAGGAGUUAAGAGAGUGAGAGAAGGGGACGAGGAAAAGGAGAAGGCCUCCGCAGAGGAAACUGCAGGGGAGGAGGGCACUCAAAGCACUGAGAAGGAGGCAGCUGAAGAACAAGAAAAAUCAGAAGUGAAGGAGAAGAGUGAAGAGCAGCAACCAUCAGCAAAGGAAACAAAGGAGAAAAAGGGAGAAGAGGUGAAAGAAAAGAAAGAAGCUGAAACAGAUGAUACCCCACAGGCUGGCUUUGUGUUCCCGCGAACUGCCCUCAAGUGCCAUAUGUGCGACAUGACCAAGUUUCCUAAUAUUAAGGCUUAUUUGAGUCACCUGGGCAGCAAGAACCAUGAACGUAUUGCACACGUCUUUCACGCCCGCUGUGCUGCCUCCAUGGACCUGCUGAUCGCUGAAUCCAAGCUGGCCAACAAGAGGAGGACCAGGCUGCGGGGGAAGGCCCACUGGUGCUACGAGUGUGUUUGCUUCAUGAACUCCCACCCCAAGGAGCACUGCCACUCCAUCGAACAUACGCUGGUGAGUCGGUACAUGGAGGUGCAGUGCUGUGGUUACCUUUACAACCGUGCCAAUGUGGAGGAGCAUCGCCUCUCCAUGCGCCACCUGAAGAAUCAGAUUACAUACGAUGAGGCCCAACUGACAAAGAAGGAAAAGGAGAAGGAACUGAGAGCUACAGGGAAAGAAGAAGAGGCAGCUUUCCAUAAGGAGGUGGCCGAGUUCAAGCAACGUGGGCUGGAGCAGGAGAAGGAGGAGGGACUUCACCCACUCACUGUAGCCAACAUGCCGCCACACGACCCCACCCGGCCUAUAGGGCUGGACAUGCUGUACAAGGAGACCAGGUGCCAGUGUGACGUGUGCCAUUGCAGCAUCAGCAGUGUACGCCUAGCCCGCUAUCACUUCCGCUCCCUGGAACACUACCACAACCUCUGUGCUCACUUCACUGCCAUAGAGGAGGCAAAGGAACUAGAAAGGAAGAAGAAGGAGGAGGAAGAGAAGGAAGCCAAGGAUCAAGAGGAAGAUGUAGAGGGCACAGAGGGGAAAGCAAAGAAGAAAGAAGAUGCAGAGGAAGAAGAUGAGGACAUUGCAAACAUGGAAACAGUAGAUGUGGCAGAGGAAGAUGGAGAGGGAGAGGAGGAGGAUGUCUUAGGAGCAGCAGCUGUGGCAGGCCGUCGUGCAAGGAAGAACAAGAAGGAAGUGCAGGAAGAAGACGAGGAGGAGGAGGAGAGAGGAGAGAAUGAAAGAGUCGAAUACCAAAGGGAGGAGGGAGAUGAGGAGGAGGAGGAAGAGGAAGAGGAACUUGGCGAGGGUCACGAAGAGGAGGCGGAGGAAAGGGAGGGUGAAGAGGAGCAGUAUGAUGAAGAGAUGGAAGGGGAGUAUGGAGAGGAGGAAGAGCCUGACGAUGGAGUAAUAGAAGGUUUAGAAGAGGAAGGAGAAGACUUUGAUGAGGAUGGUCUUCACUGCGAGAGUGAGGGGGAAGGAGGUCAGGAUGCAUAAGUGACACUGGAGGCAGAAAAAGGUUUGUGAAAGACGAAGAAAAGUCAACUCACUUGAAACCAGGAAAUGAGGGUAAAAGAAAAGAAAAGAGGACAGAAAAGUGUAAAGGAUAGAAAAUGAAGGGAGAGGUAGGAAAAGACAGCAAGUAGAUAAUACAAAACUGUUCCAUCUUCACUACCAUAUAUCUUUCAACACUACAAAACUAUCCCUUCUUUACUCUCAUCUAUCUUCCUUCCUUCCUUUCAAUAAACAAAUCUUAAUAUCCAUAAUACCUGGAAGGAGAGAUGUCUUUCUGUUUCCCUCAUGUACUUUUCCCUGUAUUGUAUAUAAUGUAAGUGUAUUUGUCUUAACUCUUCCUCCUUCUCCCUCUUUCCCCCUUGCUCUAUUGUUCCUGUGUAUUAAAUGUGAGCUGAGGAGAGUCAUUGUCAGUGGAGGAGGAAUCUGUGGAGAGAGUAAGGGGGAAGACAAGAAUUGUAUAUGAUAAAGUGUUUAUAAGUAAGGGAGGUAUAAUAUGGAUGAAAAUUUUGAUAGGCAGCAGGAAAGGGGAGAGUCACAAAUGAGAGAAGUUAAAAGAGUGACAAGUUGACAGACAAAUGAGAAAAGAGUAUAAGUAUUGAUAGUAGGACAUGGAUUAAAGUAUGAGUAAGGAAGAGAGGGUAGAAUUAAGAGUUGAGAAGCUUAGGAGUAAUGAAUGGAGAACAGGAAAUGAUGUGCUAGGUAUAACAUUGCACACACAGAGAGAGAGAGAGAGAGAGAGAAGUAAAGGUUUAUAUCAAUGCUUGGCUAAUUUGUGGUUGAUGAGAUAAAGAUAAUGAGAAAAGUAGAAAGGGUGGAUGUCAAAUAAGGAAACUAGAAAAGGGCACAUGUCAAAUAAUGAGAAAACUAAAGGGUGGAUGUCAAAUAUUAAGGAAACUAGAAAAGAGGCAGAAGUCAAUAAAGAGACAACUAGGAAAGGAUAGAUGUCAAUGAAACUAGAAAAGAGUGAAUGUUGAUGUGGAAAGUCAUUGUUCCUAGAUUAACUAUUCCUGUUUGGGUACUGCUGGCACAAGUCCUUGGUGUAUGUGUGUUGGUGGUGGUGCUGCAGGGAAGGUAGUGAGGUACAGGCAUAGCAAGCAGCAGGUCAGUGUGGGUGUCAUCGUACAGUCACAGCCAACAGUGGGUUAAUUCAUCUGCUGCUCUCCCAUGUCACUGUGUUAAAUGGUUCCUUUUAAUAAUUUCUGCAGGUUUCUCAGCAUGACGAACAUUUUUUUGUUAGAGGGGAAAUCUGGUCAAGGGCAACAAAAACAAAUGAUAUGGCCCACUUAGAUGCCUGUCCCCCAAGUAGUUCUGAGAGAGAACCAAAAGAAUGGGACUAGGUGUCUUUCUUUGCUGGAGAAAAGGACACUUGAUCCCUUUGUUUUUCUUGUUUUCUAAUCUUCAUGAAAUCUAACAAUACUAUUCUAAAUGGAUCAGAGUAACCUUUAUCUAACCACAAUGAAAGCAGCAGCAGGAGGAGGAGGAGUUAAAUUGGCAAUCUCUUUUUGUUUAUAUAUUAAUUCUCUAAUCUUCAUAAAAUAUAACAAUACUAUUCUAGAUUGAUCAGAAUAACUUUAAUCUAACCACAGUGAAAGGAUGAUGAUGAAUUAAGCUGGCAAUAGUUGGUAUUGUGACUGUACCUUAGUGAGAGGGAGCCCUUCACAGCACUCUGUACAAAUGUAUCCUUAUUUUGGCUCAACACUUCCAUAUGUGUCGUCAAUGGAUUAGGUAGCCAGCACUUACUGUCUGUCGGGAGCAAAUGAGCACUACUGCAGGUGGUGACAAUAUGCUGUGUCUGGCAGCUGUGGGAGGGUGGUGGGAGAGAGGAGGCGGCCAGUAUGUGUAACCUGGGAAGUGUGGGGUGUGUGGAGUCAGGCUAAGGUAGUGUGUGUACCAUAAGUCCCCCUGUAUGCUAGUACACUAUAAACCAGAAAGUAAUGCAUCCUAUUAUGAACGGACCAUGCAUAGGUAGUGACUUUAGUUUGCUUAGGUUAGUACGCCACAGAAGGAAGACUUUCUUUUCUUUUUCCGAGAUAUAUGAAUAAGUACUUUUGUCAGUAUUUUUUUGUGUGCAUGUGUGUGUGAGUAUGUGCACCUUAUAUAGAAUGGUAAGGUAUGUGUGACGAGGUAAACUGUGAACUGUGUCAAUGUGAACCAAGAUUUACGCCAUCCUGAAAUAAAAGCAGUGAAUUAU